UAUAAAAAGCACAGCACACUCUUUAAUGAUUCACGAUCAAAUUCUACACUCUAACAUUAGAACAAUGGAGUUCUCCAGAGUCGCCGCUGUCUUUGUGCUUGUCUUGAUUGGUUGUGCUGUGUAUGUGACCGCGGAUGGUUACAUGAAAGACAGCAAGGCGUACAACUACAUUACACCCCAGAUGUACUACGCGCAAGCCCAACCCUCUUAUCAAUACGUCAGCACCGGAACUGGAGGUGGAUUCUCAGGCGGACCCGGAAGUAGCCUCGGAAUAUUCCUUCCCAUCAUCAUUAUUUUGGUGCUCCUGGGCGCUGCACCUUUCUUAUUCAGCGCCAUACCAUCUGUAGCGGACGGAAGUGUUCAUUUUGCGAGUUCAAAAUAAACACACAGAAUAUCUCAGACUAUCUAUCAACUUCGAUGGUUUGACAAUGCUGAAAAUAGCAUGGAUAUUGUAUAUUUGUAAAAAAAAAAAAAAAAAAAAAUAAAUAAAAAAUAAAUAAAAAAGAUUGUGAACAACAUUGUAAGUGUGUGAUUGUUAAUGUUUAUAAAUGAACCGAAGUAAAAAUCGGAAUAAUGAUAUCCAUAUAAUUCUUUAAUCUCUGAGUGGUCAUGUGACUAUAGAGUAUAUAAGCUGGGUGAAUCCAGUUCGGUGUUGGCAGUCAGUAGAAAAGGGUUAGGUGGUUAGGUGAGCGGAAACAUUCGUUUAAAAAAACGUAAAUGCCUGCAUAAGACUAUCGAGGGCGUUGUCAAUAGCUGUGUCGGCUGGUACACAGAUUUGCAUUUCUGUUGUGGAAGCGCAUGCGCUCCAAUCAAGAAAGGGAUUUACAUG